UCACUACUAAUUCAAACUAGUAGUAGUUUUUCCCUUGGUUAUGACGGUGCUAACUAUUGUACAAUUAGCACCGUAACCGCUCCCAAUUUCUCUCCAUAAACCAAAAGGACGAAUCUUUCUUACCCGCUGUUCAAAACCCAAUUCCCGGAAUUGCAUGAACUGGUCGGCUUGCCGAGUGGGUUAAAACCCCCUCCUGCUUUAACUCCGCUCGUACUUUUCCCAGCCCGUCUUUGAUUAUUCGUGAAUGGGAUUGCCUGCGGCUUCUGUGAAUUGGUUUUGCCGUAAAUCGACAUGGUAAUUUCCACAAACAAGCUCCACAGCAGUACAAUCGAACGAAGAGGAUCUAACCCAACAACAGAGACCAUCGAUCAUCACCAAUGUAUCUGAGAUUCCCCUAUGCUUGUCUACGAGAAAAGGAAGCUUUCUCAACCAUCAACCAUUGCUAUUGCCUCUGAGAUUACAACGCCUAUGCAUGUGUAUAAGAGAAGGAAGCCUUCACAACCAUUAACCAGCACCAAUGUGUCUGAGGUUACAGCGCCUAUGCAUGUCAACAAAAGAAGGGAGCUUUCACAGCCAUCAACCAGCACUGAUGUAUCUGAGAUUACCGCGCCUGUGCUUUGCUACAAAAGAAGGAAGCUCUUAAAACGAUCAACCAUCACCGAUGUAUCUAACAUUACAGCCCCUAAACUUGUCUACAAAAGAAGGAAGCUUUCCCACCCAUCCCCUAUGCUUGUCUACAAUAGAAGAAAAGUGAAAAGGGGUAAGCACCCUUCCCCUUCUUCACUGAGUCACAGUGUGAAUGAUAGUUGCUCUUCGUCACCAUCAAGAUCGAAUGUGGAGUUCAAUUCGGUGUGGAUGGAUAAAGAAAUGGAAGAUGAUACAGCUGAGUGCUCUUCUUCCUCUGCAUCUGAGAGGGAUAUUUGCAUUUCGAUUCUUGUAGGGGCUCCUACGUCCGGAAUGCGAAUUGGUGGCAUGGCUUGUAGGCGGUGCAGGGUUUGUUCUCGUUCAGAUUCCACAAAAAGGAUGCUGCUUUGUGAUGAUUGUGAGGCGGCAUUUCACUUGUCUUGCAUCAGUCCUAAAAUAAGCGUAGUCCCUGUCGAUGAGUGGUUUUGUUAUUCCUGUUUGAAGCAGAAGAAACCAAAGGUGUGGAAGGAAGCGAGUGAAUGUGCUUAUACUAUCCAUGGAGUGAGUGGAUCUUUGAGAUCUGUGUCUGCAAGUGGAUCGGGUCCUGUUGACAUGAUGCUGAGUGAUGAUGAGCCAUAUGCUAGCCGUGUUCGUGUUGGUAAAAGGUUUCAAGCUGAAGUUCCAGACUGGUCGGUGCAGUUUUGUAGAACGUAUCAUGUCUGAUUUGUCAAUCACAAGGGAAAGUGAGGCCAUAACGCCUGUCCUAUGUAUGCAAGGGAACCAUUUUUUUCUUCUUUUUUCACCUUUUUAACUGGAAUUAAGCUAAGAUAAAUAGAUUACCAGAUAUGAUGGUUUAGAAUGCAUUAAAUUUGUUGUUCGAUUGCUUCAAGGGAUAUAAGUUUCUUGCGGUUUCCAUGUUUCUUAUGCACGUCCUGAUGGAAUGAGCAUCAAUUUCUACUGUACCUUUUUCUUUCUAUGUUGCUUUUACAUUUAGACCAGUUCUAGUUUUCCAGAUUAGACAACAUAACUCCAGUAUCAUCUGUUUAACCAAAGUCUUGCCAAGAGAAUUCAUAGUUCCAUAUAUAUGUAAUGAAUGUUAGCUGCAGAGAUCACCACGAAUUUGUUGAGUUUCCAGAAGGAAUUCAUUUAUCUUCACUACUUCACUGGAGGACUGUAGUCUGGUCUCUAGCUGUUAAGUAUUUCCUGUUAGCAGGAUACUCCCAGUAAGCAUUAUACAACUCAUACAGGACAUCCAUUUAUAUGGGAUCUGAAGCAUAGCAAGGAUCCUGAACUUGCGCACUCGUUCUAAUUGGCUUCCAAGCAGACAAGUCAUAUCUCUCGUGCUGGAGAUGGUGCCAAGGAAAGGAACGUAUGUGGGAAGUGGUGCAGGUAGUUCAUGUUUUGUAGUAUGCAUACUUAGGUAAAUGAUAUAUAAUUGAUUAGUUUCAUGUACAUACAUGUGAUGACGGUCAUAACAAUGCUGAUCAAAGCGCUGAAGUAAAAGAAAAAUUGCAGUUGGAACUAAUUUUGGAUAGCCUGAGUGGAUGCCUCCUGUAAUAUAGCUAGAUUUGAAGU